AUGUCGAUCGACCACCGAUUUUUUGUAUGGAGCAACGCCAAGCAGUUUCUGAACAGUCCUUUUGGGAAAAAUGGUCUUGAAACAAAAGUCGCCGAGACAGAACUGUCUCUUAAGGAAGCCAAGUAUCAGAGAAGAAGGAACCAGGUCCGGGCCGCUCAGAAGAAACAUCGGAACAAGAAGGAGCAUUACGUGGUCGCUCUCGAAGCCAAGUUCACGCAGCUACAAGCAGACUUUGCAAACCUCGAAAAAAGAGCUGCGUGCAUGGAGGCCGAACUCAAGCGCUUGGGAGCUGCACCGUGCACAUCCUCAUCCGAGCCAUCGCCCCAGGAAGACUCAAAAGCAUGGGUCCAGAUCUUGAACAGGUCGCAUGGCAAUCAGAGACUGAACGUUCAACUCGAAGAAUCGGCGCUAUUCGGGGCCUCUGGUAUCCAGGAGAUGCCUCUCGGGUGCACUUCUCCUCUGAUCAAAGGUCCGCUUAUCAGCGAGACUGAACUCACGCAGCUCGGAGUCAACUUCGUUCUCGCGCUCGAACAACCAUGCUUUGAGCAUAUCACCUCGAUCUCGCCCGACUACUUUGAGCCCUGUAACCACAGCUUCCAGCUCCAAUACCAUCUGCUGGCCCACAAGAACGAUAGUCUCACAGAUGAGCCAUACUCGAAUUGGCGCGUGCCGCAGACAGAAUUGAACAGUCUGCUGGCUCUGAGCCCGGACCGGACUCCCUGGCAGGAAGUUACACCUGUCCAAAUGUGGCAGCAAAUCAAAAGUCAUUCUGGCUUCCAGACCUGCGAUGAGGCCAGAUUUCGCGGGCUAGGCUUGCAGCUUUCGCGACUCAUACGGUGUUAUGGUUUCGGUGCCGUUGCCGACUAUACCGCAUUCUCGAAGAUUCUCAAGAACUACCUUGGGUAG